AUGGAGAAAUCCAAUCCAAGAACGAAAAAGUUUGUGAGGAAACGAGAUCCAAAGCUUUUGACAGAAAUCUUAUCAACACUUAUGUUCUGUAUGCUUUUUCCACUUCUCAUCAAUCAAAUCGUGACCUAUCUCAUUCUUUCUCACAAAGAAACCCAAUAUAUCCCUGUGAAGCCUAAACAAGAAGGAACAGAUACUUGCUCCGGAAGGUACGUCUAUAUCCACAAUCUUCCUAGUAGAUUCAAUGACGAUCUGAUCAAGAAUUGUGAAGCAUAUAUUGAAUUACGCAACAAGUGUAAGUACCUGGUUAACUCUGGCUUCGGUCCACGAAUCUUGGAGGACAAUCACAACAACACAACUCAGGUCUUAACCAUCGAGACCGGUUCUUGGUACAAUACGAACCAAUUCAUGCUCGAGGUUAUCUUCCGAGAGAAAAUGAAUCAUUACGAGUGCUUGACCAACGAUUCCUCCAUAUCUUCUGCUGUUUUCGUCCCGUUCUUUGCUGGAUUCGACGUGAGACGCUUUUGGGGAUAUAGCGUGAAACUCAGAGACGAACUCGGUGAAGAUCUUGCUCGAUGGCUUAAGGAGAGACCUGAGUGGAGGAAACUAAACGGACGAGAUCAUUUCUUUGUGACAGGACGGGUCGGUCGGGAUUUCAGGAGAGCUUCUGAUCAAGAUUGGGAUUGGGGAAACAAGCUGAUGCGUCUGCCUGAGUUUGAGAACAUGACGAUGUUAUCUAUUGAGACCAAUUCUUGGAGCAACGAGUUUGCUGUUCCUUAUCCGACUUACUUCCAUCCCAAGAGCGUCACUGAGGUUAAGGGAUGGCAGAGGAAAGUGAGGAUGAUGAAGAGACGAUAUCUGUUUUCGUUCAUCGGAGCUCCGAGGCCGGAAAUGGAGGAAUCUAUAAGGGGAGAGGUUAUAAGGCAGUGCCUUGCCUCGGAAGGAAGAUGCAAGUUUCUUAAUUGUGAAACAAGUAAAGAUUGUGGUUAUCCGGUUAAGGUAAUGGAAGUGUUUCAAGAUUCGGUUUUCUGUUUACAACCACCAGGAGAUACACCUACUCGGAGAUCAACAUUUGAUUCGAUUUUAGCCGGUUGUAUACCGGUUUUGUUUCACCCUGAUUCGGUUUAUAACCAGUACAAGUGGUAUUUUCCAGAGGAUCAUACCAAGUAUUCGGUUUACAUUUCGGAGGAAGAUGUGAAAAAUGGGAAGGUUAGUAUUGAGAAAUUAUUGGGUAUGGUUGGUGAAGAGAGGAUUUGGAGGAUGCGGAACGAGCUUGAGAAGAUCAUACCGAAGUUAAUCUAUGCAAAACCGGGGGAGGUUGGACCGGAAAAGAUUGAAGAUGCGUUUGAAAUUGCAGUGAGUAGGGUUUUUGAGAGAGUGUCAUUGUUCAACAUGUCACAUAUCUAG